GAAAACAGGAAGAAAAGCAGAACAGGCAGAAUAAUUGCAGUUGCUUCUAGGGAGCUGUGAGCAGAAAGAGAGAUAAGUACAAUUAAAAGCAAGGGGGCCAUAGGAAAUGUCAGGGGGCACAAGGCCGCUCAGUGGCUAGUGGCUACCAGACAAGGAUCAACACCUGGCAAAGCCUUAGUCACAGAUGAACAAAGGGUGUGUGGUGGGAGGGGGGCUGAGCCAGAUGAAGAAGGCACUAUCAUCUCUUUGGUGUGGGCCGGACCAUAUGGAUCUUGGGCAUCCAGGCUCUCAGCCUGUGCUAUCCCAGAGAACUAAGCCGCCUCCUAACAAUAACCUCAGGCACUGUCCAGACGCUGCCACUGUGAUGCUGUAAAAACAAACCCACUAAAUGACAGAGCUCGGUGGCCUUUGUAAAUUUGGGGAAUGUCACCUAUCGCUGCCGCCGUGAUGCUUUAAAAACAAAGUCCACUAAAUGACAGAGCUCGGUGGCCUUUGUAAAUUUGGGGAAUGUCACCUAUCUGGGGAGUUUCUCUAACUUUCCCCCAAUCUCCCCCUCUCCUGCAAUGCUUCUUUGAUGAGACUGCAUCAGAAUUGCUUAUUCCUCCCAUCUGUAAACUUCAUGGCAGUGAGACGAGUUUGGAGCCACUGACUAAGGCUGAUUUGUGAUGCCCAGAGAUGUCUUUGGGCCACCAUAGGUCCUUGGGACAAGCCCAGCUAGGUAGAGAGAGAAAGGUCUCCAUCAGAACAAGCUUGGAACACUGCUGGGACUCAGCGCUUUGAGAACACAGACUCUCAGGAGGAUCUUGCCCUGGCCUUCCCACGUGUUUGCCAUCACACGAGACGGAGAUAGCGACCACAGACUGUGGUGUGUCUGAUCGGAAGAUUCCCGGAAUGGAGACUCGCAAAGACUGCUCCAACACUUUCAGCGGGAUGCGGGAGCUGGGAGCUGAUGGGGACCAGGAACAACAGCAUGGUGGGAAUGCAAUGGUCUUGAAGGCUGGAGAGGAAGGAGGCAAGAAAGGGCUUGAGCAGAGCAAGCCCACUCAGGGGGAGCUUGAUGAGGGCAAACUUGCUCCGGGCGAACUUGCUGAAGGCAAGCUUGCUCAAGAAGAGUCUGCUCAGUGCAGUCUCGCUCAGGAAGCCACAGAAGAGGUAGAGGAGGGAGAAAACAAAGAAGAAGAAAUGGGAGGAGGCCAUGCUGCCGCUGGUAGUUCUGGCCCCGUGGACAACGAGGUCCACGAGGAAGGUGGCCAUGGCGGCAGCGUGGAUCAACAGCAGCCUCAGCCAGAGGCGGCGAUGCCUGAGGGCACCAAUAGUCCCCAGACUGGGGAAAGGCUGCCUGUCAAGCGCCGCACCAGAUUCACCCUGUCUCAGCUGCAGGAUCUGGAGCAGCUUUUCCAAGAGAAUCGCCACCCCACCUUGCACAUGAGGAAGGAUCUUGCAAGAUGGCUGGGUGUGUCAGAAGCCGAUGUGCAGGAUUGGUUUAGGAACAGGAGAGCCCUUCACCGGAGGAAUACUAGACUGCUGGUGCUGUGCAGCACACCCCCUGCUCCCGAGAACAACGAUGCCUGAAGAUGCUGGAGCAGCACUGAGUGCCUUCCCUGUCCUGGAGGAAGAUGUCCUGCAGCCUACCCUGCCCCUAAUGUGUCGGCCACCCCUGAUGGCCAUGACACCCUUUCCUUCCCUGCAUUGAUUUCAGCAAUA